UCUUUUGUAUCUCUACUUGGACAAGACUCCACAGAGGGGUCUGCGUUCAAGCUUAGACUCUAGAAGUCACCGGAAAACUACUUCUCUAGUGUUUUUUAGCCGGUUUUCCGGCUGAAAUCACCAUGGAUGACGCUGAUUUUAUACCGUUUCCGGGGAAUCUUGAUCCCAGAGCUCAAGAAUUCUUCCCGAGGAAUCCGUACACUUACCCUUUACCUUCGGUGCAAUUCUACUACCCUUACCAUCCUCAUCCCCCGCUGCCGCCGCCGCCGGCGCAGUACGGCGAAGUUAUGGCGUACCCUCAACAACCCGCGCUGCCAGCUCCGUGUCUGCCGCCGCAGAGCUCGGUUCCGACGCGAACGCUGCUGGUGAGCAUGGUGCCCUCCGACGUGAGCGAGUCGCUGGUGAGGCGGGAGCUGGAGGUGUUCGGCGACGUGAGGGCCGUAGAGAUGGAGAGGGUUAGGGACGGGGUGGUGACCGUCCAUUUCUACGACCUCCGCCACGCCCAGGCGGCGGCGGCGGAGAUUCAGGACCAGCACAUGCAGCAGCAGUACCGUCUCCGCCGCCAUUUCGAAUCGGUCGCCGCCGGCGUCUCCUUACCGCUGCCGCUUCCCUCUCCGGCCCCCGGCCUAAUCUCCGGCCAGGCAGUGUGGGCUCAGUUCAUAAUCCCGGUCACCUGCACCAUUCCCGGCGGAAAUAAUCAGGGCACGCUGGUGUUGCUCAAUCUGGACCCCGGCGUUUCCGCCGCCCACCUCAAAGACAUUUUUAGAGCUUUUGGUGCCGUGAAGGAACUGAGAGAGACGCCGAUGAAACGCCACCAAAGAUUCGUGGAGUUCUAUGAUGUUAGAGACGCCGCCAAUGCGUUAGUGCAUAUGAAUCGCAAGGAAAUAAAUGGCAAGCCUGUGUUCAUCGAAUUCAGCCGCCCCGGCGGCAAUAAUAGCCGGAGAAGGUACCCAAGACCAAUCCCAUUCUCCUCCCCCAAACCCCGUCCCCGUCCAAUCACCACCCAGUCACCGCCGCCGCCGCCGUAUCGCCACCACACCUCCAAUCACCCCGGUGCGUCGUCGCUUCAUGAUUCCAUGGAAUCAUUGACCAUCAGGAAUGGAAACGGAAACGGGAAUGGGAAUGGUAAUGAUUGGUAUAAUGGAUGUUUCCGGAGCAAUUCAAAGAAGAGUUUGAGGAAGAAUCACGGCAAGAACUCUCCAUCUCGGUCCCCGUCUUCUUCUUCGUCGUCGUCGAAGCAGAAUCGGGGAAAGACGGCGACCGGGAAGCCAUGGAAGAAAUCCAUCGUGGGUGGAAACGAGAACGAUCCUCGUUUCAUGAUAAAUGAAGACGAUAUUGAGGAAUCUGAUUGCAGGGAUAACAGAACAACUAUCAUGAUCAAGAACAUCCCCAACAAGUACAGUCAGAAGCUCCUGCUGAACAUGCUGGACAACCACUGCAUUCACUGUAACGAUCAGAUUGCCCCCGCCGCUCCCCACGACGGCGCCGAUCACCACCCCCACCACCCCAUAUCCUCCUAUGAUUUCGUCUAUCUCCCAAUUGAUUUCGUGAACAAGUGCAACGUGGGAUAUGGGUUUGUGAACAUGACUUCCCCAGAAGCAGCAUGGAGGCUGUACAAGGCGUUUCAUCUUCAAACCUGGGAAGCCUUCAACUCCAGGAAGAUCUGCGAAGUAACUUACGCUAGAAUUCAGGGGAUAGAGGCGCUGAAAGAACAUUUCAAGAACUCGAGGUUCCCGUGCGAGGCGGAGGAGUACAUGCCGGUGGUGUUCUCGCCGCCGCGGGAUGGGCGGACGUUGACGGUGCCGCUGCCCAUCUUCGGCUGCGGGGAAAACCCUCCUGAAGGUGGUGAUGAUGGGGGCGCAGGAAUUGAUGAAGGCGGCGGCGAUGGUGGAGACUUUGGGGAUGGUAAUGAUGAGAAUUGAAUUAAAAAAACGGUGGGGGAGAAGUUUGCAUGGUUGACAUUCGUCCAAGAAUCAAGAUUUUCUUGAUUCCAUGGCGACUAUAAAAAAGAUUUCCCCCAGAUCAGAUCAGAUCAGAGAUCUUCUUCUUCUCUCACCUCAUCAAUGCUAUUUCUUUCUUUUCUCCAUGGUUGACGGUAGGCUAGCUUACUUUCUGUCACUUCAAACUCAAAAUAGCUAUGGUUUUGCUGUCUCCACUACCCCCCCCUAUAUGACGUUGUAUUAAGGUAGCAGUAGUGGAAAUGCAUGCAAAACGGUGGAGUCUAGACUAGUUCCUAUAAUAAUACCAUAAAUUAAU